GUUUUACUCACAAGGCAGGUUGGGCCGGCUGGUUAGGAUUUCCUUGCUGGGGAGCUGGGGAGAGUGCUACCCAGUGGGGUCUAGGGCAGUGCCUUCGUGGUGAAGAGAGAAGUUUUUAAAUGUCUGCCUUUCUAAAACUACUCUCCCUGCAUCUCAGAAGCACCCAGCUGGUGUGUAUCCUCCAGAAUAGCAAAUCCAGUUAUUUGUAUCCCUAUUCUCUGAUAUAUUUAUAAAGUAAUGAAUGGUCCAUUAACUAAGUUAGGGCCUCUUUCUACAGCCACCACUUCACAUGCACCCCUCAGCAGGAGGUUGUUGACGUGGGCUGCAGCCUUCCAGCCUCAAUUCCCUCCCUUCACCACCUCCCCUACUCUUCCCCCUCUCCCGCCCCAUCCCGGGUUAUUUGGGAGAUUAGAGUUCAUUAAUUAAAUCCUGUGCUUAGAUCGAACUGUAACAUUAUUCCAAUCACAUUUAUCUUGCAGGCGGCGGAGGAGAUGGCAGCCUCGCUGGAAACGCGCGGGGGAGCUUGAGCCUGCAGCCCCAGACGCACAGCGCUGCGCACUCCCUAUCCUCCCUAUCGGCGCGGCAGCGCAGACCCUCCAUCUUCCUGCUCAGCUUCCCCGCCUGCUCACCCAGCCUUGAGGGUCCCAUUUCUCUCUGGGGCCCUGGCCCACCCCCACACCUCCUCCUGCCUCUGUGGCUCCCCGACCCGGUCCCCUCCCCCCAGCCCCGCCACACACGCUGACACGCGCGAGAACACACACGCCUGACACGCCAGCGAGCUGCUGGCUGCUCAAUGGACCGAUUUCCCCGCUGUUCCUGAUCCCAGCCCAGCCCAGCCCGGGAUGAGAAAUUGCAAAAUGGCCCGGGUCGCCAGUGUGCUGGGGCUGGUCAUGCUCAGUGUUGCCCUGCUGAUUUUAUCGCUCAUCAGCUACGUAUCCCUGAAAAAGGAGAACAUCUUCACCACUUCCAAGUACGCCAGCCCGGGGGCGCCCCGAAUGUACAUGCUCCACGCGGGAUUCCGGUCACAAUUUGCGCUGAAGUUUCUCAAUCCGUCAUUUGUGCCCAUUACGAAUUCUCUGGCCCACGAUCUUCAAGACAAACCUUCUAAGUGGACAUUUAAUCGGACAGCGUUUUUACAUCAAAGGCAAGAAAUUCUUCAGCAUGUCGAUGUAAUAAAAAAUUUUUCUUUGACCAAGAAUAGUGUUCGGAUUGGACAACUGAUGCACUAUGAUUAUUCCAACCAUAAAUAUGUUUUCUCUAUUAGCAAUAACUUCCGAUCACUGCUUCCAGAUGUGUCACCCAUUGUGAAUAAGCAUUAUAAUGUCUGUGCUGUGGUUGGAAAUAGUGGGAUCCUGACAGGGAGCCGGUGUGGACAAGAAAUAGAUAAGUCAGAUUUUGUUUUCCGUUGCAAUUUCGCCCCUACGGAGGCUUUCCAAAGAGAUGUUGGAAGGAAAACCAACCUUACCACCUUCAACCCCAGCAUCCUGGAAAAAUAUUACAACAAUCUUUUGACCAUUCAGGACCGUAACAACUUUUUCCUCAGUUUAAAAAAGCUCGAUGGGGCCAUUCUUUGGAUCCCUGCAUUUUUCUUCCACACUUCAGCAACUGUUACCAGGACAUUAGUUGACUUUUUUGUUGAACACAGAGGUCAAUUAAAAGUCCAAUUGGCUUGGCCUGGGAAUAUAAUGCAACAUGUCAACAGGUACUGGAAAAACAAACAUUUGUCGCCCAAACGGCUGAGCACAGGUAUUCUUAUGUACACCCUUGCAUCAGCAAUAUGUGAAGAGAUCCACUUGUAUGGAUUUUGGCCUUUUGGAUUUGACCCCAACACCAGGGAAGAUCUUCCAUACCAUUACUAUGACAAAAAAGGAACCAAAUUUACCACCAAGUGGCAGGAGUCCCACCAGCUGCCUGCUGAGUUUCAGCUGCUGUACCGAAUGCAUGGGGAAGGGCUCACCAAGCUGACUCUGUCACACUGUGCCUAAGAACUCCAAACAGAAAGUGCCAAAUGGUGGUUUAAAAAGUGCCCCAAAUCAAAUUGAAUAGUCAUCAGAAUAGAACCCUAGAGAAUUUCUUAUAAGGACUGUCUGCCAUUUAAAAGGAACAAUGUCUCCUCUCCCUCUGUUGCACUGCUCUCCUAUGGGUCUUAGCAGGACAGAUGCAUUGAAGCCACAUGAUUAAAACUUGAAUGAUAAAUGGAAUGUUGCAUUUGGAACCAUGCUGCUAACAAAUGGUUUGACGUAUUUUCCUAUUUGUAUUUUAAUAAUAAACUGCCUCCCAUUUUUAUGAGGACUGGAGCUGGAGUUUCUGCAGCUUUGCUCAAGAUUUAGUGCUCAUAAUGAGAGGCCUCUGGUCAACUUGGGCAGGAUUUCAUUUUUUCCUGCGUGGGAUCGGACUCUUCAAAAUGGAAACAUAAAAAAUUGUUAUGCAUAUCUCUUUCCCUCUCUCCCUUUAUCUCUAUGCCUCUCCUUUUCCCCACUGCCAUGGAGUGUAAUAAUUUGCUAGGAAUCAUAGUGAAUUGGUUUUGCUUGCAUAUGCUGCAUCUGUAUUUGAUGUGUUCAAGGCUCUGGGUAACUUUGAUGUUUCAUGACAAACUGAGCAAAUCAUGAUGGAUCUCGUUAUGAUUACUUUGAUAAGAAAUGCCUCUUAUGAAGUUCUCACUAUCGAGACAGUCUUUCUACAGCAGAGUGGUCCAUCUGUGGCAAGUGUCAUAUAAUGCAGUGCAUCUUUUACUAUUACAGAGAAAGCCUAUGUCUUGGGUGGCAUGGCCACUUGUCAUGAGUGCUAUUAUGGCAAAUCAUUCUGUUGCCACAUCUGCAAGGGCAUUCCAGCCUGGGUUUAGUGCCUCUCACAAUCCCAAUUCAAGCACUGGGCUGGGAAUAAUCUCAGAAUAUAGAAGCAAUGAGUCAACUUAAGAGUCUGGGACAUAGAGAAAGAAGAAUGCUUAGAAGUUUUCAUGGACCCCGUAUACCUUAAAGUGUUGUAACCAUGUUGCCCAUUCAGAGCCUUUGAGAACCAGCAAGAUUUGAGUAAAGUAGAAGCUUCAAGGUUGGCCAGGCCCCCAUUUGAAUAGUGCUCAGGUGAGAUCAACUUCACUAUCAUUGUGUCCACCAGCACUGCUCCAGAAUCAUUUUCUCUCUUCAAAACAAUUGUAGACACUGGAUAUUCCCCCUUCCCACUGAAAUCAGAUCUAUACAUCUACAGAUUUAGUAUUUCAAAAUGAAAAGCCACUGUGCAGUGGCAAAAUCUGGUACUAAAUAACUCUUGUAAUUUGAGAUGUGCAGACUUGCCAUGAAGAAAUUAGUGGGCCAUUCUCUUUUUCAUUAUUUCAGCCUUAGAAGUAGAAAUCAUAUCACUUCCAUCCAUGGCUUUUCACUGGGCAGCAUUUUGUUCUUUCAAUUCAGCCCAAAGUCUGGCCAAGUUGAUGUUAAAUUUUAAUAAGAAUUUUUUUCUUCUUUCCAAAUGCCAGUCAAGCAUAUUUAUAAUACAUUUGGGUGGGGUAGCUUGUUCUUUUCCAGAAAUCUCAUUUAGAUUUUUUGCAAUGUUACAAAUACUGUUGAAAAGAAUUGCUGUAGUUCAGUAAUCGAUCAGCUCACUACCCCCGCCCCUUUGGGAAAAGUAUAAUCAUGCCUAAAAUUAAACCAAAUACAAUAUGGAAA